AUGCGCGGAUCGUCGUCGAUGGCGCCUGCGGCGACGCCGCGCGCCGAGCGCGGCGCCUCGUGCGGGGCCCGCUCAAAGGCGGCGGUGGCGACAAAGGCAUCCGUGUCAAGCACCGCCUCGCCCUCGCCCUGCACGCCCACCACGGAGCGCGAGUACGCGGCCAAGUACUCAGCCGGGGACCCACUUGUCGCCGACAGCAGAGAAGACUUUUGCAACGUGACCAUGAUGACGUCUAACCGCGUGGUGCAGGCGUUGGCCGUGCUGGUGGUGGUGCUCGGGUGUGUGGCGGCGGCGGCGGCGGCGGUGCCGUACUGCGGGAUCGCGCCGGGGGCGACAGCCGGCGAGUACGGGAGCCUCGAGGGCUCGCGGAGCCUGCUGGCGGCGGCAGCGGGGAAGCUUGUCCACGUCGAUGCGGUGUUCCGGCAUGGCGACCGGACGCCGGCCAAUGCGGCGCAGUGCUGGCCGAACGACACGGCGGUGUGGGAGUGCGAGCUGGCUCAGGCUGUCCAGGCCUCACGCAGCAUGGCCGCACCCGCCGCGUCGUACGGCGCGCUCUUCCGCAUCGCGCCGGUUCCGGGCAAGAUGUUCUUUCCAGGCAACUGCGCUGUCGGCCAGCUGACGACCCAGGGCUACGAGCAGCACCUCGCCAACGGCGCUGCCUUCCGUGCCGCCUACGUCGCCGGCGCCGGCCUUCUCCCGACCGCCUUUGACCCGACAACCGUCCACAUCGAGACCGACACCUCGAUCCGGGUCCAGAUGUCGGCUCAGGCCUUCAUUUCGGGCAUGUACCCAGAUCAGCUUGGCCCGAACGCUGCCGGCUCCACCGCUAGCCUGCCGCUGGUCAACAUCGCCGUCCGCGACUCAGCCACUCAGAUUGUCUGCCCCAACCCGGCCGUCUGCCCCGCACUCGCCUCGAUCGCCGCGGACUUUGCAAAGUCCAAGGUCCUCGCUAACUUUACCGAGACUGUGGUCAAGCCUGUGAGCGACAAGCUUGCCGCCGCAUUUGGCGAGAAGGACGGCGACGUCUCGCUCGGCGUCACCUUUGACUGCAUGCACGCCCACGAGUGCCACGGCUUCCCGCUCCCCCCGAGCGUCCCGUCGUCGCUCUGGGCUGACCUCUCCAACGCCGCUAUUGGCAUGCUCGGCCUCACCUACAGCUUCCCGUCGCGGACUGAGUUUGGCUCCAACGCCAUGGGUCCCAUGAUCGGCCAGGUCGUCGCCGACCUGCAGACCGCCGUCGCCGGCUCCUCCCCAGUCAAGAUGCACAUGUACGGGACCCACGACACGUGCAUUAUGCCUCUACUUGCCGCCCUUGGCCUCUACGGCGACGAGUGGUGCCCCUACGCCGGCAUCGUCGCCUUUGAGCUGUACGCCGUCGACAAGGCCGUUGCCUCGCCCGCUGCUGCUGCCCUCCUUGGCGAUGACACCCACGCCGUUCGCCUCCUCCGCUACGGCUCCGAGGUCACGAUCCCCGGCUGCCCGGACGUUCUCUGCCCGUGGUCGACCUUUGUCAACGUCCUCUCGCCGCUUGUCCCGUCGCCCAAGCAGUGCCACCUUGUUCACGGCUGAAGCUCCCCUGAAUGGGGUGUCUUUUCACUGCAGAUCGCGCCGUGAUCCACACUAAUGAACGUCUUUCC